AGUAUCAGCGCACACAGCAGCCGCAGCGCGGUGAGCGAGAAAACCGAUCGAAACACCGUCGAAAUAGAUAUUGAGCGAAGGGAGAAGCAGCACGAAAAAGAAGAAACAAAAUACAGUUUUGUAUGCACGAAAUAUAAAUAUUUCGGCUUGUGUUCGGUGUCGGUGUCGUUGUCAGGAGUCUAUUGUUGUUUUGCAGCCGUGUGACGUCUAUUUUUUUUCCUUCUGUUCAUCCUCUCUCGCCUGUUGUCACUCACUUUCGCAUGCAAAACAAUAAUACGGAAUUCAGUAGCAGUAGCAGCGAACAAAAAAAAAAUUGCUCGUUUUUUUCGGCCCAUUCUAUCAAGGAGACAAGAGAAAGAGAGAGAGACAGUGAUUUUACAAUUCGAGUCGAGAAAAAUAAUUAUGUAUUUUCGGUCAUUGUCAAUCGGUAUUUAAUAAUCGCGUGGAACGAUCAAUAAAUUGUGUGUGCUGUGUGCCGUUUGGUUGUGGAUAGUUUUGUUUUUAUUUAUUUCUUGUGUCGUUAGGUCCAAUAAAAGUGAAGUGCCUUCAAAAAUGCGAAAGAAUCGGAUGUUCCAUUGCACAAACAGUGUGUAUUGACAACACGCAUUAAAUCAGAAAGGGAGAGAGAGAGAGAGAGCGAGGCGUUUUCGAAGGAAUUUCAUUGGAUUUGUUCUUGGUGUUUGGGAGCAGGGUUUUUCCCCCAAAAUUCAUUGAAAUGCGCCGUACAAAAUGCGAGCAUCAAUUUUCCAAGGACUCUCUUACGAUUCAAGAGGUUUUCAUGUUAUUUAUUUGGGUGUUUUUGUAAUGUUCAUUGAUUCAGUUUGAUUUUUGGAUGCUGUGUGUUUGCUGGCCAUUAUUGCAUACUGUGUAUACAUUUACUCCGAGUCGUCACUGCAACCAAAAACAAAACGAACAAUUCAGCAUCAGGUGGAGGAGAAGAAAGUGGAUUAGUAGUUGUAACAUAUUUGCAAGCAAAUUCAAUGUACACAUUUGGAAUAGAAUCAAUGGUGUAAACGUUUUGGCUGUGUGUAACAAUCGCCAUCUGUCGAUAUAUUAAACAAACUAAACGUGCAUAAGUACACACGCGCUCGCUCGCCCGUUUGCUCGAGUGAAACGCAGCCUAUCUCGUGUGGUGGGCAGUGAAUUAAUCGUAAUGAGUGUGUCAUCGGAUGUGUCGUUAGCACAUAACUCACCGUUAGCCAUUAACUGAAUUUGUUCGUCUUGGAAAUAUCUCGCGAAAACAAUCAAUAAACACACGUUCAUUGACACACAACAACAAGCAAAUAAAAGAAAAGCGAAGCAACUACAUAGUAGCGAAACAUGACUAGCAAACAAGCAGCGAAUUAAUCGAGUCGAGCCCAUGAAGAGAGCAAAUAAACAAUCGCCAGGAUAUUACAUAUAUACACCGUUUUUUUCCUCCUCUUGUUAUUGUUGCUGCAGAAAAAAGGAAACCGAUUUGAAUAUGUAGAAAAAAUUGUUUAUGUUCAACACAUUGCACAGACAGCAACAAGAGUAGUGAAUUUGAAAAUUUCGCCUUCGUCUCUGAACAAAAGUUUCGAUUUGAGAAAUGAAAUUGAAUUUAGAGUGUAAAUUAUUGGAUGAUUGCAUUAAUGAAAGUGUCGACGUUGGUCAUGCCUUCGAUAUGAUGAUUAUACUGAUGUAAAACACGAUCACCUGAACGAAGUCGCAACAUUUUUUGGGUCCCUUGUGUUGUUUCUAGUUUUUAUGAAGACUGUGCCUGAUACCCUUCACACAUAAUGAUCUCGGUUCGACGACAGAAAAAAAAACAAAAGAUGAAAUAAUUUGCAUACAUAAAUUAAAUUUGGAGAUAAAUUUUCAAGUGAUGACACUUAAACAAUAAAAUGUCAACGUGAUAAACAGUAGUUCGACUGAACAAAAUAAAAUAGCGAAAAACUCAUAUUUUGAAUGAGUGAAAACGUGCAAAUCGACAUUUAGCAACGAAAUCGAGAGAGAGACGAACAAAAAGCUCGUCCAUUCAGACCGGUUCAAAGAUGAUGUUUUCUGGCUUAAAGAAAACGGGCAUCACACAGAACAGCAACAAUGGCGUGAGGAAACGUGAACGAUAUCCAGAGUCAAAGACAAACAAACCAAAUGCUCAGAAUCGAAAUAAGAAUCCUUCGAACGACACUUAUAAUUCAGCGUCCUUACCACGGAAAACCGUCCAGAAUAUCAACAACAACAACAUCAGCAACAACACUAACUCUACUUUACCCUCAUAUUUAAGGCACGGCGGAGGCGCUCCACGAUCCAACGAUGAUGUUGGCGCCGCCGGCACCAGUUCGAAUUACAGAGAUAGCAUUGCCUCGACGAUGAAAUACCGAAGCAGCAUAUCGGAUCUUGGUGGCAGCAGCUCAGCCCUAGUUCAAUUCACAAAUACUCGAAUCAAAAGUAUCACCAACCGACGUGGCGCCGUUAAAUAUCAGAAAACACAUGACAUCAAUGGACACAAAUUUGUGGCGAAAUUUUUUCGACAGCCAACUUUUUGCGCCUUUUGCAAAGAGUUCCUAUGGGGAUUUGGAAAACAGGGAUAUCAAUGCAAUACAUGUCAGACAGCUGUUCAUAAAAAGUGCCAUGAGAAAUUGUUGGGCACAUGCUCUGAAUCUGGUUUCAACUCAGAAAGCACAAUUUAUCUGAGAGAGCGAUUUAAAAUUGAUUUGCCGCAUCGAUUUCGAGUGCAUACAUUUAUGUCGCCAACAUUUUGUUUUCAUUGUGGUUCAUUGUUGUAUGGAAUUUUCCGGCAAGGACUCAAAUGCGAAGGUAUUUUCUAUGGUCGAAUAACAACUUAUUUUACCCUGAUUUAUCCAUAAUCAACAACUUUCAUUCUAAAUCGAAGACCAAAAAAUAGUUACGCCAUCAGUUUGUUAAAUUUGAAUUAGUUGUAUGCAAAUUUGGCCACCAUGAAAACGAAAACGUGUCACAUCGGUUGAAAAAUAAUCGAAAUCUAAAUUAAUCUUGGCUGAAUGAUCUUCUUGAAAAUUUAUGUGCCAUCCCAUAUCCGGUGGCUAGUUUUAAUCCCAACAAACGGGAGCAAAGUUCGUAACCAAUUAGAAAAUGGGCAUGGAAAAAUGGUUGCAAUUAAUGAGUUUGUUUAUUUCGUUCAAAUUAUUAAUAUAAAAAAGUUGAUAUAUGUAGCAAAAAUAUCAUAUAAUUUAUGAGUCUCUAUAUAUUGUUACAGAAAAAAAAACAUUCGAAUUUUAUCUCAAUUCCAAGCGAAUGAAAGAAAAAUGAUAAUUUUCUUUCUAUAUCACUGUCUUUCUCUUAGUUGGAUGAAUUAUGGAAAUGUAUCAAUGUGCUUGCUUACGUGCGAAAUAAAUUUUCUUCCGUUGUACGUUGUACGGAACCCAAGCCAAAAUAACGUACACAAACCAUUUUGUUAAAAAUAGCAGCUCAGCAUUCUUCUGCGUUUAUUUGUUUCAGUUUUCUUUUUCAGUGUUGUAUUGAGCAUUUUUGGCCUUUCACUUUCAAUUUGUGUGAUGUUUUGUUUCGUCAAACAAUGAAAUGCGUCAAAGCACAAAGACGCGCGCGCUUUAGAGAGAGAGGGUGAGAGCACGAGCCGUUAGGUAGAAUCCGAUUGUGCCACUCUCAGAAUGUGCGUGAACAUCGUCAUCGUAGGUGAUUAUUUUUGAUAUGUGAUCGUAUGUCAUGUGUCGUUGUUGAAAAAUUACGACAUGGGCAUUUUUGUCAACUGUUUCUGUUGUUUUUGACACCCGAAAAACUUUCCGAUUAGAUCGUUUAACAUGUCAUUUUUCUAAACACCAAUAAUCUCGUGUCACCGCAUUGUCCAUGAUGAAGACACCAAGAAAAGCCCAUAUGAAUUAUGAAAAUGUGUCGAAAGAUUUCGUGUGUGUCUCUUUUCACAACGACUUCGUCCAAAAUAAAAUGCGAUUAUUUAAAGUUGCAUAUUUUCUUGUGUCGAAUUUUGGUGAAAUAAUAAUAAAAAAUUGUGGGUUCAAAUGUUGGUCUCGGAGCUUGAUAAAAUGCAAGGAAUUUUUGGCUCAUUUUUUAUGGCUUUGCGCGGCUAACGAUAACGUAUGGACGCGUGAUAAACAUCCAAAUCAUAAAAUAUAUACGAUGCAUGAUUGCUUAUGAGGUAAAUAAAAUAUAUUCUAUCAAGUGGCAUAGGUUUUUUUCUUAAUUUUGCUACUUCUUCAAUCUCGAGGUAUCCGUUAUUUUUCGAAUUUUCUCUUUUUUCGGCUGAAAAUUGGUGAAAAAUUCUGAGCGACAAAAAUACACGGGCACGACAAAGCGAGUACGGUUUCGCUUUCGCUCUCGUGACGAUAGAAUAUUUUUUUCAAAAGAGAUAAGAUAGAGAAGCGACCGACCGACCGACUUAGGCAAAUAUAUAAAAUGUUGUAAUCAACUAAUUUAUGGAUAUAUUUAUAUUUAUCAGCCGCCUCGAGUUCGUAGCGUGUAUUUGAUUUCAUGUGUCGAAAAGAAGACGGACGAGAGAGAGAGAGAGAGAGAGAUAGAAAGUGAAAUUAAGCCUGCAUCUCCAAUGUAUGCUCUUUUUUGGUGCUCCUGUUCCUAAAAUUACGAAAUGACCUCAAUUCGCCUUUUUCGACUUUUUCGCAUUGCAAUGCGCAAAAACAAAAGAUACACACUGUACAUUUUCGGAUGAUUUUCUUCGCCAAUCGAAACUCAAUGAAAGUGAAUAACAACAAAAGAAAACACAAGUCGAAAUCAGAGCCCCGUCGUCGUUCGAGCAUCUGUUACAUUUCGACGCACAACAAAAGCGUCAGUAGUUUUCUCUCAGCGAUCGGUCGAUAUACUCUACUCGCUCUAUACAGCAACUAGAUAUGUGCACCUGUAGAUCUUAGUAGCGAGCCAAAACUCCUUUGAUCUCGUAUAUUUUGGAUUGGCGAUACACAUACGCUUUCUUCUUCUUCUUCUUCUUUUUCUUCGGAGAAACACUUAAUUCAUUCAGAAUAAACUUCGUUUUAUCUUUUUUCCACGAUAUUUUUAUAAGAUGUUUCGCAUUAAGCUGCGCGGUCUCAUUUUUCUGUUAAUGGCCAUUCAUAAAUUUGAAUAAAAUUGCUCUUUACUUCUUUUUUUAUUGAGCUUUCGGCCUGCGCAGCGUGAUGAAUGGGAUUGGAUGACACAUCGAAUUAUGUUCGUAAAAUAACAACUUGUAAAAUUGUGAUUGCUCCAUUUUUUGAUCUAUAAAAACUGGCUUCAGCCGGUUCGAUUGCAACGAAGUGUUUUUUUUGGGUUAGAUUUCGUGAUUAUUACGGUUGGGUGUUGAUUGAGUUGGUUUUCGAAGUGGUUUCUUUUUAAUGAAAUCAUUGAACUCGUCCAGAGUUUUAUUCUCAAAUUCGAACCGUCACACAUUUACAUUUAAACCUAAUGAGUAAAAUCAAGAGGGAGUCAGAUAGAGAGAGAGAGAGAGAGAGAGAGAGAGAGAGAGAUGUAAAGAGAAGUCGCACGUAAACAGUGUUGCAACUCAGCUGAGAUCAUGAACAUUUCGUACGAAAAUGGGCCGUUUUAUUACUUGAUACUGAAUUGGAAGUGGCAGCAAACAAAAUAUGUGCACUCAACGAAUACACAUUGUGUUCACUUUGUCACCGUCAUAUCAGUGAUGGGCAGUGCUUAUGUGCUCUUUUGGCCUUGCUUACGUCGAAUGAAAUAUGGUUGCCCGAAUUCCUGAUUCUAAGAAUACAGAAACCCAUUGUGCAAGCGAAUUGUGGAUUUAUGGCAACAGAAAAAAAAUCGCCUGAAUUUACUACCCAUGUUGUAGUAAAUUCAAAUCUCCCGUUUAAAACAGUUCACAGACAAUGUUUUUCUGUGGUUUGAUAAUGAUUUGUUUAUUUAUCAAUUCAAUUUCAUAUUUAGAAUUUUCGCAGUGUUAACGAUUUGCAAAUGGCAAUCGAUUUAAAAACCCAACUGAGUAACACAGAAGUGUUGUUGUUGUUUCGAUCGAUAGUUUGGCAGGAAGUGAGCAUGAAUUUAGCUACUACUCCAUGCUGAUCUCAUCACAUUUUCCAAGAGAAAAAAAAAAGAGAAACGAUAACCCAUUUUCUGCCGCAAAGUCAAAUUCGAUUCGCAGUCCAAGUGUUUUCA